AGACUUCAGUACCGUCGCGACCAUGGCUACGGACGGACGUACGAAGCGUUCGCAGUCGAUAUGCGCGCCCUCUUCCGCGAGUAUGGAGGCCUUGGCUGCUCCCAUGGAGACCACCCCGGCUCCGAGACGCAGGCCCGCGACCAGGUCGCAGUCCGCACGCAUCACGGGCGGGCGAUCAGUGCGGCACAGGAGACAGCAGCAGCAGCAACAGUUGGACAGGGAAACUAGAGCACGCUACAGCUCCGAACCACGCUUGGCGGAAGCCGAAACCCCCCCACAAGUCAGAAGGCAAGCUUCCGCACGCCGGCGGCCCCCACCAGGACAACACAGCCAACCUAGACGCUCAAACGCGUUCUUGGACGUUCCCAAAACAGCCCACCAACCAGAGGAGGAGCCAGAUGAAGACUCCUACAGGCUCCGCACCUUCAAUAUAACACAGAAAGGAGGUAUCGUCAACCGGGGAGAUUCCUUCCGCCGGCGGAGAUCCCGAUCAGGAAGUCUGGCCCCAGCAUCCCCCGCGCAAUCUGCCCCUGAGUCACAAGAGCGCAAACCUGUGGCGUGUCACAGAGUGGCCAUGGUCGGAGCGCAGGGCGUCGGCAAGACCGCACUCAUCAGUCAGUUCCAGACCAGCGAGUGUAUCAACGCUUAUGACAGACAAAAUGUCGACAGUUCCGAGCAAAAGGUGUCCAUAAUGCUGAACGGCGAAGAAUCAGAAUUAUAUUUCGUUAACUGUACAAGCACAAAGGAAGAAAUCGACCGAGCAGAACCUCCAGAUGCCUUCGUAGUGAUCUACUCCGUGAUAGACAAGGCGUCCUUCCAGAAAGCUGAACAAGAGCUAGCCAGGUUGCUAGAUUGUGACAUGCUGAGAUCAAGACCUGCUUUACUGGUCGGCAAUAAGAUCGACCUGGCGAGAAGCAGGGCUGUUUCUACACAAGACGGCAAAUGCCUCGCCUGCACCUACAAAGCGAAGUUCAUCGAAGUAUCAGUCGGUAUCAACCACAAUGUGGACGAGCUCCUGGUCGGCAUCCUGAACCAAAUACGGCUGAAACAGCAGCAAUACUCAGCGGAAGGAGGUAGGGAAUCCUCGCCAGCCCACUGGUACAAGUCCAGAGGAGUUGUACGAGCCAGUAUGAAAGCUAGGCAAAUGUUAACCUGGAUUUUCGGCAAAGAGGACACGAAAUUCAAAAACUGUGAGAACUUAAACGUCCUGUGAGUGGAAAGUGAUGGCCCCGUGUUCGUUUAGACAUUGGACUGUGACGCGGGUGUUUUUUUUUAAAUUUUAAGUAAGGCAACGGCUGACGUCACUUUGUUUUUGGAAAUAUGGUACUCUUAGGUUUCGAUCCAUCAUGAGAGAGAUAGAACUGAGAAUAUGUAGACAUCAGUCAUCAUAGACUAUAGGCCAGAUAUAAGUAAAAGCUAUGGAUGUGGCACCGUGACACGCCAUGAUACAAGUAACCAGGGUUCGGAACCAGUUGAUUUCCCAAACCGGUUUUGAUUGUGGUUAAAGUUUCGGUCACUGUUUUAAGUUUUAACCGAUUAGUAAGGAAGGUUUUUUCCCGAUUCUGUUGAGCGAAAUUUAACCCAAAUAUUUUUUCGGUUUAGUUAGUUGAAACCAUGCUCUUACGGAGUUAUAAUGGUUUCAUGAACAAUUAGUGCUGUUUCAAAACCGGUUCUAAGCCCUGAAACUGACAGCUAAAAAUAAUAUUAUUAAUUAUGUUAAAAAGUGGAACUAACAGAGAACGGAGAGAACGUUUAAGAAAAAAUCAACAUGGCGUCUGCGCAGUAGUGUAUUUUUAAUGCCAAAGAAUAUCUGUAAAUCAAUAUUAGAUGUAUUGUGCCAAUUUUUUGGAAAAAAUUUAAACAUAAUCGUUUAGAUUAAGCCUAUAUUUAAGUGAUAAACGCAGUAUUCUCCUUUGUCUCGUCUUUAAAAUAUGAUUUAAAUAAUAAUACGACAUCAUCAGCAAUAUUAUAGUUAUGAUAUUGAAUUACUUACUAAGUAUGUACGUAUUUGUAUUAUAAAAUUUAUAGAAUACCUAUUAUAACUAAGAAUUUAAGGGCUGAUUUUCCAUUCGACAAUUUGAUGGAUUGAUAGUUUUCAUUCAAAAACAGCUAAAAUUCAAAAUUCUUGAGUUGUAAGUUAAUGCCGAUUGAAAAAUCAGUCCUAAUUAUAAUAUAAUAAAACUCGAAUACUAAAAAAUACAAUGUUACUGGACCAUUUGAUAUGUAAAAUCAUAUAAUUAAUAUAUUUUAUUUAAAUAUAGCUAUGAGUAUAAAACAUUUAAAAUAGGUAACUGUCUGUAUCUAGUUUUUACAAGAGAGUUUAAAAACAUAUGAUAUUAUUUCACAUUGCUUUUUUUGCAAAAAUUACCAUGAUACCUAAAUAAAAAUCAUUAAUAUCGUGAAUACUUAUAUUUAAUUUGUUUAUGAAUACUAAUUCGAGAGUGUUUAAAACCUUUACUAGCAGAACGUUCAAUUCCGUCGACAAACCCUUAGAAAAAUAUACCUACUUAAUAUUGCUUUGUAUGAAAUAUGUAUAAUUUUAUAACAUGUAUAAUUUGCAUAUUUAUUUAGUUAUUGUAUAAUAAAGAACUAGCUAUACCAUGUACAUAUAACAACUGCGGAUGCACUUAAGGAUUUGAUGUUGUAUAAAAAUAUAAUAUAAGAUUUAUUGAUUGUAUAUUAAUUCAAUGUUUUAUAUCUUUGUGAUUGUCCAAUUUAUGUCAAAAUAUAUCAUUAUAGAAUGUUAUACAUUAAACACAAAAUAUUAUUUCGUUAACAAAAUGGUAAUUCAGAUUUCGAAAUUUUCUUCAAGUGUAACAAUUAGAGAACAAAAUGUUUCUGAAAUAAAUUAAUUUUCUUAAACAAUAGCACAAUUAUUUUGAAUUAAAUGACACCAUAUAGGUAAUUAAAUCAGUUGUGGCACAAAGUUUAAAAUGAUUUUUGGCUAAAUGAAUGUUUUACUAUACCAAAAUUAUAGAUCAAAUAAAUCAAAAAUUAUGGCUGAAUGUUAUUCUCAUCAAUAAUAAUGAUUUCAAAACUGUUCUUAAAUAAUAUUAUAAAUUAGAAACUUCAUUAUCUCUAUUCGAAACAGUGCCUUUAAUAAUUAAUAAUGUAUGUUAAACCUACACAUACUUUACUUACCUAUAUUCAUCUUGAAACUCUUCGUUUUCAUGUCUAAUUAGUAAUUAAUAAAAUUAAUAGUUAUUGAUGUAUUUUUUAUAUAUUUCCCAUUAUCAUAGAUUUUGAUAUAAAUUAUAAGAGUAAGUAUUACUUAUGUUAAAGUAUAACAGUAAUAUUGUACAGACAUCCGAAUUAUAUAAAUGUAUAACUUGGUAAAUAAUUAUAAUUAAGUAUUCGUUAUAUAUAAUUUGCGAUGUAAAAAUAUUUUGUGUCUAUUAGCUAGUGUGGUAUUUAAUAAAAGAUCUAUGAUGGUAGGGUUUCCAACAUAGUUUCUUGCAAAGGUCAUAUCGUCGGAAAAAAGGGCAGUUCAAAAGUUUUUCAAUCUAGUCGUCUAUCUAGACCUGCUCCGUAUCCUGCUCAGUUGGCUUCGCUCACACCUCAGCCCUAGAGUUACCCACACAGAAAUCGUGUGUGGACAGACCGGUGUUCCGGUAGUAGGAAUAGCUAAUUAAAUCAAUUACGAUUCUAGCCACGGAAAGAAGUUAGCAUAGCGCUUUCUCUUACGUAAUAUCAUACAAAUGAAAGAGCCAAAGAUCUCAGUGGGCGUUAACCAUUUUGAGUUUUGAUUACUAAUUAGUCAUAUCCGGGGGUGAAAUUUUUAGGCAACCCAUAUGCAAUAUAUUUAUUGACAUGUUUAAUUGAAUAUAAAAUAUGUUUCAUCCAUUAACCAGCUCGGUGAAGGUCGUUGUAUAGCAGGAUCUUAACCAAUACUGGUGUUUCUGCGGCCUCAGGUUAUAAUAAAUUCAUAUCUUAUAGUACGUGACUGGUUGAGAUGGCCAUCGGGGUAUGGGGCGGGGGGACACCCCGGUUGCCAUUUCAACCUGUCGCGCACUAUACUAUACAUGCUCAAUGAUCUAAAGAAAGCACACCUAUUAUUACAAGCGCUAACUAACUUUGUUUUCUAAAUCCUCACUCACACCUACCUUGAGAGAUAAUCUGUUUGAAAGCUAUCUGAAAGUUCACUUCUCACAAUUUGCAUACACACAAAUUGCCGAGUAAGCUACCGACAUAAGCAUACUUGACUUUAACAGACUUUCACAGUGUCUGUUGCACAAAAGUCGCUUGAAUGAAAUGAAAUAACUUUUGUUUCAAGUAGGACAACUUGUGCCACUUAUGCAAAUUCAGGACUCUACUUCCGGUUUGGAAAAUAGGAGGUACUGAAAAGAGACUAAACCGGCUCUUUUCAAAACGCAAAAUGUUACCAUAUGCAGAUAUCGUUGCUGGCUUGUAGAAAGGGCGAAUAAGCCAUUUUUAACCCCAGACCCAAAAAGAGGGGUGAUAAUAUGACGAGUGUAUCUGUGUAUCUGUCUGUGGCAUCCUAGCUCCUAAAUUCAGGAACCGAUUUUAAUUCAUUUACAUAUGACAGGGAAAAAAUAUACGAUCAUAACGGAAUGUCGAUAUCUAGAUGCAGCAAUUCGUAACUUAUAUUUUCUGACCGGCCAAUUUAGAUCGCGUGUAUUGUACGCGUCAGUCGAAAAAAAAUCGCGUUGUUUUAAAAUAAGUGUGAACGCAGCCUAAGCUUGAAACUUUGAUUAAUUUCGCAUAAAAUCAUCGUCUUCGCCAACCCUCGAACAAAUUGAAUAAUUAUUAAUUUUACUAUAAUUUUAUACGUCUUAUAAUUAAUGUAGUAAAAUGUUUACUUAACUGUAAAUAAAUAAACAGAUUGACAAUAAAUUUGAAUACUGUAUGUGA